CAAGAGGUGGGGCUUAUGAGGUCAAAGUUCAACCUCCGUUCAAGCACAGAGUACAUCGACGAGAUACCAACACAUGAUGCGAAGCAGUCAAAAAUUCGUUCCCCCGACACGUCCUAGCACUCUGCGUCCAGUGAAUCCUGUUGUUGAAGAGUCCACCAGAACUCCUAAAUGUCGGCGCCUGUACAGCGACCCAGCAGAGAGUAUCUUCAGCAGUACUCCAGUGCUCACUAUCCUCACAGAUACAAACAACGUCAGAAGCCCGGACGUCAACAAUAAGAACAACGAGGAUGUGCCCUCCAAUGCUGUUCUCGUCAGAAGAAAACGGAAGACUUUUUCGGAGAAAGAAAAUCAAACGACAGUAGUAACACCAGAACAAGAAGUAGCCCGAACUUUGUCAGCAAGUCCGGUGUUACCCCAAAGACCCCAGGCAGACUUCACUCACAAACAGACAAACAGAGUGUUCAAAAAGAAUCACAUUACGCCUGACCCCAUCCCCGCAGUGCUGGAGCAACUAAGAGAUGUGCCCUCCACUACAAACGACUGUGCGAGUAUCUUCAACUUCACUCCGAGCCCUCCUCCAAAACGCAAAACCAUAGCUGCAUCUGAGAAGAAGAAGAUUUACUUAGAUGUUCUGUUAACUAUAUACAAGAUGAAGAAUCAAUUACAAGUUCUAAGAGAACGCCGAGAAAACAUAGCAAGGAAAACGAAGAAAACCCAUGAGAUAUGCGAAGAAGAGUGAGGACAGGGUUAUGUGAUAAAUCGUAAAUAUUUACAAUUUUACAUGUAGAUAUGGAAUUCAUGUGACCUCAUUCGGGGCGACAGCGUCAUAAAACUCACAACAGCUUGUAAUACGAAAAAGUAACAAUAUUACAAUGUGUUCUUUUUGUUUCACGUGCUUAUUUUUUAUAUGCGUAAAAAAGAAUAAAAAUGGAAAGUGUUUCCCCUAACAAACUAAGAUGGAAACUGAUGACUAUUCAAAAGUACUAUUAUUUCUGGG